AUGGGACUGUUCAUGUGUAAACUUAUACCUUAUAUAAAAGCGGUAACGGUCACUGCAAGUAUUUACACUCUGUUUGCUAUAUCAAUCGAACGUAUUUAUGCUGUGAAACAUCCUUUACAUGCUCGUAGUGUAUUGACGAAAAGUAAUGCCAUUAAAUCGAAUUUAUUUAUUUGGCUAUUUUCCAUGAUACUUAUGGCAGCCGUUCCGUUUGUACGAACAUAUUCUAAUCCAUUCGCAUCCACAGCAUUCUCAUCAAAUGUUACCCGAUCGAUUUUUUUCACUACUGGAAUGGAUAUUAAUAUUUGUUUUGAACAAUGGUCAUCGUCACUUUCCAAAUUAGUUUAUACCAUAAUAAUCUUCAUCUUUAUCUACGUUAUACCAUCGUUGACAAUAUUAGCUGCACAUUUAUCGAUAGGCUUCUAUAUUAAUGUUGGACAGUCAUGUCGAAGAUCUGAUUAUCAUAGUGAAAGUAUACAAAUAACUUCUAUAAUCGGAAGAAAACCGUAUGAACGCUCGUUAACAUCAGCUUCAACGACCAUCGGCUCAACACUUUUCAAUCAAAAAAAUUGUUCAACAGUAUCAAAUUCUGAACGUAUUCGAACAAAACAACAUCGAAAAUUAUUGCGUAUGUUAAUAAUCAUGAUAUUAUUAUUCUCGUUAUCUUGGUUACCUUAUCAUAUUCUCAGUCUUAUUAUGGAAUGUCAAUCAUUGUCAGAAAAGACAACAUUAACGAAAAAUUAUUAUAACACUUUACUGUACGAUUACGCAUUAUGGUUGGGUGAAUUUGGAUCAGUGCUGAAUCCCAUAUGUUAUGGAAUUAUGUCCGAACGUUUCCAAGCAUGUCUUGUAAGGCUAUUCAAACCUACUCGAUCAAAAAGAAUAACUCAAUGUACAUUCAUGUUUAGACCACGCUCUAAAUCAUUGGUGGGCCGGGAAAGAUUUUUUAGGGGGACAAUCAAUUUUUAG